GCGUCAAAAUUUUAUGCGUACCCGAGAAGGUUCCUGUGUUUCCAUUUUGUAGGAGGUUUCGUCCCCUCGCCGCUCCUCUCCUCUCUUUGGGUGGUUAGUGGUGUACUAGUAGUACGAACAAGAAUAGGGCGAAGAGAAGAGAGAGUCGUCGACGCAAUCCACCACGGUCUCCAUACGGUACCCAAACCCUUACCUCCCUUUUCGCUCUCGAUUUGUGUGGAUUUGAUUUCGUUUUGGCUCAUCCCUGCUCUGAAUCUGUUCGUGGAUCGUGUAGAAUCUUCGAUUUCUUGGAUUGAGCGCUAGGGUUUGGGGAUUUGGGGGGGCGAUCGGGGGUUUUGAUGCUUUUUGGGUGGCGGAGUUUGUAGAUCUGGGGUGGUUUUUGGGCGGAGAUUCGUUGAUUUGUGUGGUGGAUUGAGUGGGAUUUGGGGGGAUGGGGAAAGGGGGGCAGGAUGAAGGGAGGAGAGGCGGCGGCGGCGGAGGCGGAGAGGAGGCGGCGCCGCCGACGUUCCCGGCGUGGGCGAGGAGCGUGGCGGAGUGCGAGGCGGAGUUCAAGGUGAGGGCCGAGCACGGCCUCCGAUCCGACGAGGUCGUCGCCCGCCGCGAGAAGUAUGGGUGGAACGAGCUCGAGAAACACGCGGGGCCGUCGAUCUGGCAACUGGUGCUGGAGCAGUUCAACGACACCCUCGUGCGGAUCCUCCUCGUCGCCGCCGUCGUCUCCUUCGUCCUCGCUUGGAUCGACGGGAACGAGGGCGGCGAGAUGGGGAUCACGGCAUUCGUGGAGCCCUUGGUGAUCUUCUUGAUCCUCAUCGUGAACGCCGUCGUCGGGGUUUGGCAAGAGAACAAUGCCGAGAAAGCUCUGGAAGCCUUGAAGGAGAUCCAAUCUGAGCAUGCUAGAGUAAAGAGGGACGGAGAGUGGAUCCACGAUUUGCCCGCAAAGGAGCUUGUUCCGGGGGAUAUCGUGGAGCUUAGGGUUGGUGAUAAGGUCCCCGCUGAUAUGCGGGUCUUGUAUUUGAUAAGCUCGACUCUAAGGGUGGAACAGGGGUCUCUAACCGGAGAAAAUGCCUCCGUGAAUAAGACCAGUCACAAGGUUGAAUCAGAGGAUACAGAUAUUCAGGGGAAAGAGUGCAUGGUUUUUGCCGGUACGACCGUCGUCAAUGGCAGCUGCGUGUGCUUGGUUACCCAAACUGGCAUGAACACUGAAAUUGGUAAAAUACAUUCUCAGAUCCAUGAAGCUUCCCAGGAAGAUGACGAUACUCCGCUGAAGAAGAAGUUGAACCAGUUUGGCGAGGCCCUCACUGCUAUAAUUGGUGUUAUUUGUGCCCUUGUUUGGUUAAUCAAUGUGAAAUACUUCUUUACUUGGGAGUAUGUUGAUGGCUGGCCGAGGAAUUUUAAGUUCUCUUUUGAGAAGUGCACGUAUUACUUUGAGAUUGCAGUGGCUUUGGCUGUUGCGGCGAUCCCUGAGGGCUUGCCAGCAGUCAUCACUACUUGCUUGGCACUUGGAACAAGGAAGAUGGCACAGAAGAAUGCAUUGGUGCGGAAAUUGCCGAGUGUUGAGACUCUAGGAUGCACAACUGUCAUUUGUUCUGAUAAGACUGGAACAUUAACCACGAAUCAGAUGUCGGCGGUUAGGCUUGUUGCAAUGGGUAGGUGGACAGAUACAAUUAGGAGCUUUAAAGUGGAUGGAACCACAUAUGAUCCACAUGAUGGGAAGAUCCAUGAUUGGCCCGGUAGCAAUAUGGAUGCAAAUCUUCAAAUGAUCGCCAAGAUUGCUGCCGUCUGCAAUGAUGCGAGCGUCGCGCAUUCGGGACACCAGUUUGUUGCCAGUGGAAUGCCGACGGAGGCAGCAUUGAAGGUUCUGGUGGAGAAGAUGGGACUCCCUGGGGGACAUACUCCACCUUCUGGUUCUUCUGAAAUACUGCGAUGUUGCGAAUGGUGGAAUUAUAAUGCACAAAGGGUCGCAACUCUUGAGUUUGAUCGAACUCGUAAAUCAAUGGGGGUUAUUGUGAAAUCAAAAUCAGGAAGCAAUUCACUACUUGUCAAGGGGGCAGUGGAAAAUUUAUUAGAAAGGAGUGCCUACAUUCAGCUGCUUGACGGCUCAGUUGUAUUGUUGGAGGAAAGUUCCAAGGCUCUUAUUUUAGAUACCCUUCGUGAAAUGUCUACUAAUGCUUUACGUUGUUUGGGUUUCGCAUACAAGGAUGAUCUAGCAGACUUCGCGACCUAUGAUGGUGAAGACCAUCCUGCUCACAGGCUUUUGCUUGAUCCAUCUAACUAUUCAUCUAUCGAGAGUGAUCUCAUUUUUGUUGGCUUAGUUGGGCUGAGGGAUCCUCCUCGAGAGGAGGUGUACAAGGCCAUUGAAGAUUGUAGAGCUGCCGGCAUUCGUGUGAUGGUAAUAACAGGCGAUAAUAAAGAAACUGCAGAGGCAAUAUGCCGUGAUAUUGGAGUGUUUAAGCCUGAUGAAGACAUUAGUUUGAAGAGCCUUACCGGCAAGGAAUUCAUGUCACUAUCUGAUAAAAAGAAUCUCUUGAGGCAAAAAGGUGGUCUUCUCUUCUCUAGAGCUGAACCAAAGCACAAGCAAGAGAUUGUGAGAUUGUUGAAAGAAGAUGGUGAGGUAGUUGCCAUGACAGGGGAUGGGGUGAAUGAUGCCCCUGCUCUGAAGCUGGCUGAUAUUGGUAUAGCAAUGGGCAUUACUGGGACUGAGGUUGCGAAGGAAGCUUCAGAUAUGGUGUUGGCAGAUGAUAAUUUCAGUACAAUAGUAGCAGCGGUUGGUCAAGGAAGAUCUAUAUACAAUAAUAUGAAGGCUUUCAUAAGAUAUAUGAUCUCCUCAAAUAUCGGUGAAGUCGCCUCUAUUUUCCUUACUUCAGCUUUGGGCAUUCCUGAGGGACUCAUUCCAGUUCAGCUUCUGUGGGUCAAUCUCGUCACUGAUGGCCCUCCUGCAACCGCUCUGGGCUUCAACCCUCCUGAUAAAGACAUUAUGAAGAAACCUCCACGAAGGAGUGACGACUCAUUGAUCACUCCAUGGAUUCUAUUCCGCUACAUGGUCAUCGGUCUCUAUGUGGGAAUUGCAACAGUAGGCAUCUUCAUCAUAUGGUAUACUCACGGCUCCUUCAUGGGCAUCGACCUGACCGGCGAUGGCCACACUCUUGUCACCUACUCUCAGCUCUCAAACUGGGGCCAAUGCUCGUCAUGGAACAACUUCACUGUCACACCCUUCACAGCUGGGACCCGCCACUUUUCCUUCGAUGCCAACCCCUGCGAUUACUUCCAGAGCGGCAAAGUAAAAGCGACGACCCUCUCCCUCUCGGUCUUGGUGGCCAUCGAGAUGUUCAACUCGCUCAACGCCCUUUCAGAAGACACUAGUCUUUUGGUUAUGCCUCCCUGGGUCAACCCAUGGCUGCUAUUGGCAAUGUCCAUUUCAUUCGGGCUCCAUUUCCUGAUCUUAUACGUGCCCUUCCUGGCUCAAGUGUUCGGGAUCGUGCCGCUCAGUUUCAACGAGUGGCUGUUGGUGUUGGCUGUAGCUCUUCCUGUGGUGCUUAUCGACGAGGUUCUUAAGUUUGUGGGCCGGUUAAUGAGCUCUAAAGAUACCAAGCGGCGGUUGGAGAAACAGAAGGACGAGUAGGAAAACCCCCAGCAAAGAAGCAUUAUUCCUUGCCCUCCUUCCUUUCUUACUUGAGGGAGGAGCUCCUUGAGAGGUGAUGAUCGAUCAUCAGGAGUGAUACAAGUGAUACGAAGAAUCCAGCGGGAUUUUCGAUUUUAGUAUUUGAACUUAACAAACUGCUUCCAUUCUUAAAGUUUAACGCCUAAUUUUUAGGAUGCUGAAGUAGCGGCACUUUGUUCUAUUGAUUAUUAUUAUUAUUAAUUCGCUAUAGCUCAAGCUUUCUUGAAACCGUGUGGGAAUUAGCUAAAGCGCUCUGCAACUAAUAGUGGUCAGAGCGUUGCAUAUUAAAUAAGCGGGAGGGAAAAGAGGCGACUUCUGAUUUGCUUUUAUUUUUACUUUUAUUUUUGUUUUCCUCUACUUCUAUCUGGAGAACUUGUACACCUCCGAUAUUUCUAAACUGUUCAAUAGUAGCUGGUUUUUUAAGCGUUGACAAUGCAACUAUGGUGCUGCUUUUUUGAACAAAAAUCUAUUCUCAAA